AUGGAUGUUUUCGCUGGAAUCAUCGAAUCUGCAACACUGGUAAGUUUUCAACACUAUUACAAGUAUUAUUGGUAUUUGAGGUUGCCGCUUAUAUACUCUGACACUUAGAGACCUUUACUUCGAUUUACUGUAUGUACGGUAUCCUAAUUUAGAUCUUUACUUUGAUUCAAUAGGUAUAUCGCAAGAAGUUUACCAGGCAACUGUUCGACAUGGAAAAGAAAUUGACUGGCAGUGUGCAGUGUUCGCAUCCGGACUCCUACGCCGAUCCUUCUAGCUACCUGGGAGCUCUAGAGCUUACCUUCAUUGACCCCGAAGAAUUCCACCCUGAUGCGGAGAGUACGCGAACUGAGAACCCCGAAGAAUCCCAGCCUGAUGUGGAGAACCAGUGCAGUAAUGAUCACGAAGAAUCCUCCCUUCAUGACCCCACUCCAGCUGAGACGUCGUCUUCCUUCGCCGUGACCUACGAGAUCGUGGAGAACAGUUCCAAAAGAGGUCGGCCAAAGAUGAUAGACACCCAGGGGUACAGCUACAACCUACAGAGAAGGCGAGGCUUAGUCACUGACUGA